CUUUCUCCAGCCUCACCCCACACCAACAGCCUCGCCAAUCCAAACGACUUUUUGGAGCAGCAAGCAGGGGAAAAAAGUGCCCCGCCUAGCAACUGUUUCUCCGAAACUUUUGAUUUGCGACAGCCUUGCCGCGACACGACAACUCCUCCCAGGGCGAUUUGCGGUUACCGUAACUUUUUUUUCCCACAGUCAAUCCCAACUGGGGCCUGAUCGCGCGCCCUGAUUUAGACACCUACCACCACCAGGGAAAAGAAAAAGAAGAAGAAAAAGAUGGCCUCCUCCACAAACGUCCACCUCUCCCCCGCCGAGCUCUCCUACCUCCACACCUCCCUCAGUCUCAACCCCCCCAUCCGCCCCGACGGCCGCUCACCGACUCAGUACCGGCCUUUGUCCGCCGAGACGGGGAUCCUGCCUGGGACGAACGGCUCGGCUCGGAUCUGCUUCGCGGACGGGACAGAGGCGAUCGUGGGGGUGAAGGCAGAAGUGGAAAAGACGAGGCGGAGGUGGGAUGACGAUACUAUCUUUGGGGAGAAUCAAAACCAGGAAGAAGGAGAAGAACAAGAUGAGGGGGAGGGGCAGGGGAGUAGUGAUUGGGUCGAGCUCACGGUGGAGAUUCCGGGGUACAGGGACGAUGAUAGUGGGACGGUGUUUUUGGGGCAGAUGCUUUGUGAGGCGCUGCUUGCUGAUGGGGGGUUUGUGAGGCGGUUGAGGAUUAAUAGACGGUUUCAUUGGAAGGUUUAUCUUGAUAUUUUGUUGAUCAGCCCGCCGCUUUCGUAUCCGCUUCCAUUGCUGUCAUUAACAACCCACCUCGCCCUUCUGGCCACCCGCCUCCCUAAACUCAAGUCAGAAGGGGAUGAAGACCCGUUUUUUGACGACGACUGGGCUGCGGCGCCGUAUCUGUACGUACGAAACCCGACCACGAAAAGAGUUACCGAACGCCCGCCUGUGACGUUGCUGGUGAUGGCGGUGGGGGGGAAUGUCAUUUUUGAUCCGAGCAAGGAGGAGCUGGCAGUGGCGGAUGUGGUGCUGGCUGUUUCGGUUGGGGAUGACGCUUCGUCGCGAGAGGGUAGGAUGGAUGUGGAUGGGAGGAGCAACAACUCGGGCAGGAAUCUGAAGCUGUUGUCUAUCAGGACGGUGGACCCGCCUUCGAGACUGACGCCGCCGGGGGUGGCCAACGCGGCGAAUAGCGCUUAUGGGCAUGCGCAGGUUGUGAGUACGGGUGCGAACCAGAAGAUGCCCGAGGCGAGGCAGACAGAGAGUGAAGCUGUGGAGGGUGUUUGGAAGCCGCCUAGGGGUGGUGCCAAGGCUGUUGUGAUGGGGGCGUUGGUGCAAAAGGUGCUGGUUAGAGGUGGGGUGGCGGAUGAGGUGCUGGAUGCUUUGGAGGGGGUUGACACUUCUUGAGACAGGGGGGAAUUGUCAGGGGAGGAUUCUGAGGGUCAAGAAAGAAAGGGGUAUAGAUGUAUUUACGCCUUUUGGCCGUUGUGGACGUUGUUUGUACAUAAUUUUACAUUUUACGUUCACAUUUCAUGUGGUAGAUUCUAUGAGAAGGAGGAAUAUCAAAAGAUACCCAGCCACUUCUUCUUCAGCUC